AUGUUUUGGAUUUUCAUCAUCUCCCUCUUCGCCUUAACCCAUGCUGGCUCAGUACUGCCACUACAAACAUCAGAAGUGGACGUCAGACAAGACCACAGCGGGUUCUCCUACAAUCUCAAAGAAAACCGUGGAGUGGCUGCCAUUGCAGAACCAUUACCCUUGGUACAACCUUUAGUCAAAACCACCAUCCACAUCGAAGACAAACCUGCCGAAAUACAACCGCAAACUCAUCAGCAACAUCAAAAAACUGAAGCUCGUGCACAUUUGGCUUUGAAGGAACUCAGAAAACCUGAGGAAUUGUUAAUCAGUCAACCGAUUUCAGCUUUGCCAUUGGAAUAUUAUGGGUAUUAUUAUCCCUAUUCGCUGCCAAGAGCUCAAUUUAUGCCUUCGCUUUACUCUAUUCCUUCCAUUCCGUAUCCUUACACUUUAAUUAGGACUGCUUGA